GAUGGAAAAUCAGGAAGAAAUACUGCUUCUGCUGGAACGUUUUACAAAAGCCAAGCAAAAGGACAUCCCGCGCGAGCUAGAGGACUACUUAACUUUCGUCGCCCGGACGGGCGAUACGCUGUAUCGCUGGGUGUUGGUGAAGCCGUUGUUCCGAGAAAAAUUGGUUAAUGUCAUUACGGAUUUCCAUGACAACACGCCGAGCAUCGCAGAUCUUCCACCGUGCCCCAACGUCGAUCCGUUCAACUAUGAGCGAAUGAAGCGAGCGCUUCUGGAUCGGCUGGAUUCUUUCAAUUCGGCCCCGUUCACGGUGCAACGUAUCUGUGAACUGCUGACGGAACCGCGCAAACAGUACACGCGCAUCGAUAAGUUUAUGCGCGCCGUGGAGAAGAAUAUUUUGGUCGUUAGCACGCAAGAACCGGGACGGCGGAGAAGCGACAGCGAGAAUGAUUCGCUGGACUCGAUCGUUAACGGUGACAUGGAGGUGAACGUGGACAUCGAGAUGGACAACGAACAGUUUCACCUGGAGGCGGAUGCGCUGCUACCGGAUUCGAGCGAUCCGGUCGCUGUCCUGCAUGACCCGCCGACUGCCGAUUCCCCGGGCCCAGUCGAGCGCCCUGAUAGUGAACUUAACGGCCGUGGUUCGUUUAUGAACGAUAAACACCCGUUCGAGCGGUCGGGCGAUGGACCGGGCGGUGCGAGCACAACGCUGGACCAUUCGCCGAACUCAGGUACCGCUGCCGUCGUCGAUACGAACGAGAAUGCUACCGAUGGCGAUAUCGCGACACCGUUGCUAGAAUCUGCUCGGGCGGGCGCAGGUUCACCGACGACCGAAAAGGAACCGACGGAGCAGUCAGAUGAUGCUGGGGACCAACCGCACGAAUCGAAGCAUGCGGCGAAACCCGUUGUCGCCGUCGAAAGUUCUGAUUUAGCACCAAAUAAACCAACCGAGAAGAGUGGGACAGAGACCGUAGCACCGGCAACGAGCGCAACGACUACGACGACGACGAAGAAUACAUCGCCAGAGGACAAUACGUCGAACGUGGAGGAAAAAAUUGAAACAUCACUGACCCCGCCGACUGAGCCACCAGUCGCAGCAGAAACGGUCGAUAGCAAAAACCAAUCUCAGCAACCUUUGACAGGAAAACUGCACGCGGCCGAAAGCGACAAAGCCGAAGAGCAGCAAGCCGACGAUGGAGAACCGCUGGCUAAGAUGGUAAAGUACGACGUCGGAGCAGGGGACGCGACGGAUUUAGUGAGCAGCAACACUACUUCGUCGGACUCGACUGAUUCGACCGGUGGCAGUGGCGGGGAUACAAGAUCAUCAGAAUCAUCUUCUCCGUCUUCAUCUUCUUCGCCGUCGGUCGAAGAAAGACUCUCCACUGCCGAAGCAGCACCAUCGGCGGCUGAGGUUGAAGAAGUGAAACCACCGGUGGUGAAAGAAUCACACAGUGACCAACAGCCGGCGGUCGAAGAAGUCAUCCCCAAAGCGAUCGAAUCAACCGAGGUAUCCGUCGACGUGGCUGUCCUAGUGCCUGCUGCGAUCGAAGAAGAGCAGCCGGCUGCCGCACUUGAAGACGCACAACAUUCCAAAUCCGACGAAGUGAUCGGUGAAGCGGUAGAAGCAAGCGAGAAACCCGAACCGAGCGUCACUAUGCAGACCCCAGCAGAACAGCCGUUGAUGGAAUCGUCGUCCAUACCAGGCGAAACCGUUGCCGCUUCGUCGUUGGUCGCGAAUGUGGAACAGGAAAUGGAGCUCGCGGUAUCGUCAAAUAUUGCCUCGACCGCCGUUGUGGCACCCGAGAGUGUGAUGGAGGAGGACAUGCCGGGUGCCGUGGAUGAGGAGCUACUGGAAGAAGGCACAAAGGCGGAUGAUAAUGUGAUGGACAUCGAUGAGUCGAGCGUGGAACCGAUGGAUCAGUAAUCAGCGGCUUCGGUUUCCCAAGUCCUCCCCCGACGCUUGUAGUCUCCGUGCCCACCGCGGCCCUUGAUGCUGCUGCUAUUUGUAUUAACGCCUCUCCCCCUUAACUUUAAUGGAACGAUUUUUUCAAGUGACAAAUAUAU